GGCCCUUCAAGGAGAGGGAGAGAGAGAGAGAGAGAGAGAGAAAGGGCACGAACUGUUUCAUCUUUGAUGGGACAUGGAAGAAAGAUGUGACCACCACACAGAUGGACAAGAAAGAUUCAGGAGGCAGAACGGACCAAGGCCACCUCCACCCGGUCUCCAACUGCAGCCUCAGGGCCCUCCGCGUGGCCUAACACUGGCAGGGAACAGAGCAUCCACUGGGCCCAGCGCCAACGAACCCCCAUCAUGUCUAGUCCCCAAAUUGGAAGAGAACAGAGCAUCCUCUGAACCCGGUAUAAAUGGACCCCCAUCACUAGUCCCAAGACUGCAAGAGAAGAGAGCAUCUGCUCUCCAUAGGCCCAGUGCAAAUGGACUCCCGUCACUAGUCCUAAGUCUGCAGGAGAACAGAGCAUCUUCUGAGCCCAGUGCAGAUGGACCCCCAUCACUAGACCUAAGUCUGCAGAACAGAGCAUCCUCUGAGCCUUGUGCCAAUGGACCCCCAUCACUAGUCCUAAGUCUGCAGAACAGAGCAUCCUCUGAGCCUGGUGCAAAUGGACCCCCAUCACUAGUCCCAAGACUGCAACAGAACAGAGCAUCUGCUGGGCCCGGUGCAAAUGGACUCCCGUCACUAGUCCUAAGUCUGCAGGAGAACAGAGCAUCCUCUGAGCCUAGUGCAGAUGGACCCCCAUCACUAGACCUAAAUCUGCAGAACAGAGCAUCCUCUGAGCCUGGUGCAAAUGGACCCCCAUCACUAGUCCCAAGACUGCAACAGAACAGAGCAUCUGCUGGGCCCGGUGCAAAUGCGCUUCCAUCACUAGUCCUAAGUCUGCAGGAGAACAGAGCAUCCUCUGAGCCUGGUACAAAUGGACUCCCACCACUAGUCCUAAGUCUGCAGAACAGAGCAUCCUCUGAGCCUGAUGCAAAUGGACUUCCAUCACUAGUCCUAUGUCUGCAGAACAGAGCAUCUGCUGGGCCCAGGGUAAAUGGACUCCUGUCACUAGUUCUAAGUCUGCAGGAGAACAGAGCAUCCUCUGAGCCCAGUGCAGAUGGACUCCCGUCACUAGUCCUAAGUCUGCAGAACAGAGCAUCCUCUGAGCUCAGUGCAAAUGGACUCCCCUCACUAGUCCUAAGUCUGCAGAACAGAGCAUCCUCUGAGCUCAGUGCAAAUGGACCCCCCUCACUAGUCCUAAGUCUGCAGAACAGAGCAUCCUCUGAGCUCGGUGCAAAUGGACCCUCCUCACUAGUCCUAAGUCGGCAGGAGAACAGAGCAUCCUCUGAGCCCAGUGCAAAUGGACCCCCCUCACUAGUCCUAAGUCUGCAGAACAGAGCAUCCUCUGAGCCUGGUGCAAAUGGACCCCCAUCACUAGUCCUAAGUCUGCAGAACAGAGCAUCCUCUGAGCUCAGUGCAAAUGGACUCCCGUCACUAGUCUUAAGUCUGCAGGAGAACAGAGCAUCCACUGGGCCCGGUGCAAAUGGACUCCCAUCACUAGUCCUAAGUCUGCAGGAGAGCAGAGCAUCCUCUGAGCUCAGUGCAAAUGGACUCCCGUCACUAGUCCUAAGUCUGCAGAACAGAGCAUCCUCUGAGCUCGGUGCAUAUGGACCCUCCUCACUAGUCCUAAGUCUGCAGGAGAACAGAGCAUCCUCUGAGCCUGGUGCAAAUGGACCCCCCUCACUAGUCCUAAGUCUGCAGGAGAACAGAGCAUCUUCUGAGCUCAGUGCAAACGGACUCCCAUCACUAGUCCUAAGUCUGCAGGAGAACAGAGCAUCAUCUGAGCUCAGUGCAAAUGGACUCCCAUCGCUAGACCUAAGUCUGCCAGAGAACAGAGCAUCUUCUGAGCCCGGUGCAAAUGGACCCCCAUCACUAGUCCUAAGUCUGCAGAACAGAGCAUCCUCUGAGCCUGGUGCAAAUGGACCCCCAUCACUAGUCCUAAGUCUGCAGGAGAACAGAGCAUCCUCCGAGCCUGAUGCAAAUCGACUCCCAUCACUAGUCCUAAAUCUGCAGGAGAACAGAGUAUCCUCUGGGCCCGGGGCCCACAGACCUGCGUCACUAAUCCCAAGCCUGGAGGAGAACAGAGCAUCCUCUGAGCUCAAUGCAAAUGGACCCCCCUCACUAGUCCCAAGACUGCAGAACAGAGCAUCCGCUGGGCACAGAGACCAUGGACCCCCCUCAAUAGUGCUGACAUUGGAGGAGAACAGAGCAUCAUCUGCUGGGCCUGGGGCCCUUGGACCCCUCUCACUCUUCCCAAGACUGGAGGAGAACACAGCAUCGGCUGGCCCAGCACCCACAGAUCCCCAUUACUAGUCCCAAGACAAGACCAGAGCAUCCGCGGGUCCAGUGCCCAGAGACCCUCAAAGCUCUUCCCACCACCUGCUGGCAGGGGGCUUUCUCUACAUGUCCUUCCCUCAUUUUCUGGAUUAAAAUUUUUUCUCUUCCA